AUGGCGUCCUCAGUGGGACUACCGCUGCUCGCCGCGGACCAAGUUGCCUCUUUCUCCGCGAGCAGGCCUCCGCAGCCCCCGCCGCCUCGCCUGCAUCCGGCCGCUGGCGUCAUGGUGGAGUCUGUGGACGACGCGGAGGGACUUUUUGUGGCGGUUGAGCGGUGCCCUCUGUGUAGCACAUCCCGCCGGAGGUUGACGUGCGCCCGUUGCGUGCAGGCCGGAGACUUUGUUUACUUGGACGGAAGGAACACGGAAAGGUGCGCAGACAAGAUGGCAAGGCUAAGGACGCUGAAAGCAGAGAAGGAUCAGCUGCAGCAAAGGGUGGUCCACGCCAUGCACAGGAAGUUGCAGACUGACGAGACGAAAUGGAAGAUGAUGUGGUGCCGCAUGAAGAUGGAGCAGAUCAACCAAGCGCUGAUUUGCGCACGUCAGGACGUCAAGAGUGACAAGGAGUUGCUGCUCCGCUCCCAGGAGGAAAGUCAGCGUCUUCAGCGCCGCGCCGGCCGCCACCAGCAGAAGCAGGAAAAGAUCGAGCGCCACAACCGCCGUCUGGGCGAGCUGCUGGAGCGCCGCCGCCAGGAGCUGCGCCAGCUACUGGCCCAGCUAGCGGCAACGCGCCGGGAGCACAUUGUGGAGUUGACCGCUCACAUCUUCCCUACUCGCGAGGAGAAGGCUUGCAGCAGGGACCCCGCCGAUGCGGCGUCUGAAUGCGAGGCGGCACUGACGUCCAGCACAGUGAGUGAGCUGGCCGAGGCGCGGCGGACCACGUACCUGUCGGGUCGCUGGAUCUGGGACGACCAGAACGGAGAGACUAGCGUCAGCAUCACAGGUCCCGCCGUCACACUGCCCAGCAAUGGAGAUUGCUCCGCCUACUACAGCUGGGUAGAUGAGAAGAGCGCCAAUCACGGGCCCGAACUGGACCACAUCAACCCAGCUCACACCAUCAGCGCCGCUCUGUGUUAUGCCACACAGCUCCUCACCAUAUUGUCUCACAUCCUGGACGUCAACCUACCCAAAAAGCUGUGCAACAGUGAGUUCUGCGGGGACAACUUGAGUCGCUUCCGCUUCACACGCGCCCUCAGCAAGCUCAACACUAACACACUACACCUCUGCUUCUCACAGCAUGUGGACAGCGACAAGCUGCACCCGCACCACACCCUCCGCAAUAUCAUGUUCCUGGUCUCCACUGAGAACGCCAACCUGGGCAGGACGGGUCCCUUCGAGGCCAGCGCCGAGCUCGAGGAGUCCAUGGAAUUUGUCGAGCCCGAAGCUUCGGGGCCUGCCGAGGAGAGCGGCGACGAGACGGUCACGGACGACGAGACCGACCUGGGCACCGACUGGGAGACUGUUCCCAGUCCGCGCUUCUGCGACAUCCCGUCACAGCCCAUGGAUCUCUCCCAGAGUGCCCUGCAGGUGUCUCAGCCGUCCGUCAACACGGGAGGAAUGAUCUCGUCCGCUGCCGCCUCCGUCACGUCCUGGUUCCGAGCAUACACGGGCCAGCGCUGA